AACCGUAUCGAGAUUUCUCAUUCUCUCUCUGACUUGCGAGAAGGUAGGAGUAGUGUCAGGGCCGAACUUACCCUAUAGGUGUAUUAUCUGUGACAGGCAGGUGUUGUGACAAAUUAGAGCGGAAUUUUAUAAAAAAAAAGGACUCAUAUUUUAGACAAAAUGGCCUCUGUAACUCAUAAGUGUGUUUACGCGGGAUGUUUUGAAAGAAACGAUGGAACAAAUAAUAAUAUAUCUUUCUUUAAAUUUCCACUGAAAGACGUAGAGCGUACAAAAAUUUGGCAAAAAAACUGCGGGAACAUUGAUAUUUUAUUGAUGGAUAUCACUGACCUUAAACAGAGGGUAAUUUGCCAGCAUCAUUUUGCAGUGGAACAUAUUUACCAAAGUGGCCAAAGAAAGUUAUUAAGGAAAAAUGCUGUUCCUCUAAAAUUUACACAGUUAACAACUGAUUUAGGUGAUAUCCCACCAGUAUGCUCUACAUACGUUUAUUGCGGUACGAAACGUAAAAGAUCUACAAGUGACGAUUGUAUGGUUAGGUCAACUCCAUCGCCUAAGAGAUCAAGUAGUAGUCUCAGUGAUAUUUCCAGUUUUGAAAUUAAUUUGCCCACAAAACUUGAAGCUGAAUUGACGGAGAAGGUAAAAAAAUUGGAGUAUCAAGUAAAUGCUUUAAAGAAGAAGUGCCGUCAGAAGAACAGUCGGCGUUGUAGAAGAACAACAAAAAACAAAAAAUCGGCAACCAAAUUCAUGUUACAGGUACUGUUAGAAAAUAAAAGCAAAUACGUGCACACAUGUGUUAAUAUGCAGUUUUCACACAAAACUCGUUCACAAUGGAGUCACAAUGAAAAGGAUUUAGCUCUGGCCAUUUAUUAUAAGUCUCCUAGUUGUUACAAAUUUUUAAUUAGAUCUCUUAACUUUAUAUUACCUUCAGUAAAAACAAUUCAAACUUGGUUGCGUGUCAUAAAAUUAAGAACUGGUUUAAACACUUCCUUAAUUGACAAGUUGAAGAAAAAAGCAGAGACAAUGGAUGAGUUGGAAAAAAUUUGUGUGUUAAUGUUUGAUGAAAUUUCUUUGAAAAAAAAAAUUGGAGUACAAUAAAUUAGAUGACAUUAUAGAAGGGUUUCAAGAUUUAGGUGCUUUAGGAAGAACAAACAAACUUGCCAACACAGGUCUGGUUUUCAUGAUGCGCGGCUUGCUACAUAACUGGAAGAUUCCGAUUUGCUAUUUUGUUACAGGUGGUCCAAUACAUAGCGACAACUUAAAAAACAUUGUAGUUGAAGUUGUUUCAAAAUUACAAAAUAUUGGGUAUAUACCAAAAGUGUUAGUGUGUGAUCAAGCAUCUAAUAAUAGAGCUUUAUUUAAGCUGUUAGGCGCAUGUAAGGAUCAGCCUGCAAUAGAAAUAGGAAAUCAGAGGAUUUUCACUGUUUUUGAUACACCCCACUUAUUAAAAAGUCUAAGAAAUAAUUUUCUUAACAAAAAGUUGACGUUUUUUGCCGAUUCUAACCAGAUAUCGUGGCAAGAUAUUGAAUACACAUACAACAUCGAUAGAACCAAUGUGAGAGCACGAUGCAUGGUGAAAAUAACAGACGUUCACAUAAACCCUAAUAAUUUCCAAAAAAUGCGUGUAAAAUUAGCAGCCCAAAUUUUUUCCAACUCAGUUGCCUCAGCAAUAUCAACAGCAAAAUCUGUAGGCCAGUUACACACCAAAACGGCUCCUCAUACUGCCGAAUUUUUAAAAAUUAUAAAUAAUAUUUUUGAUGGUCUUAACAGCAAAUAUUGUAGUGAUAGUAACCCAAACAGAAAGCCAAUGUCAACUUUAAGCAAGUCAACUGAAAACUUAAAAGCAGGUUUAGAAUAUUUUAAAAAAAUUAAAGUUUUUGAAAAUCAGAAAGAGAGAAAUAAUAUUCACUGUCUACACGGCUUUCAGUGGACAAUUUUGUCAGUUUUAUGUUUGUGGGAGGAACUUCAAAAAUAUAAUGUGUCAUAUCUUUUAACAUCUUUUCUGAACCAAGAUCCUCUAGAAAAUUUUUUCUCUAUUGUGCGCAAUCGGGGUGGUUACAAUCCAACACCUAGUGUUAGUCAGUUAAGAAUUGCCAUUAAGCAUAACACAAAUAUUAAACUAAAAAUUGCUUUAGACAAUGGAAAUUGUGAAAUAGCACAAACUGAUAAUUUAGAUUUAACCCACGAAGUAACCAGCGUCGAAAUAUCUGACGAGUCCAUUGAAACCCAAACAG